GAGGAGUUGCUGGAGACUGUUCUGGAGCACAUCUGAUCACUGCUGCCACAAGGCCCCAACCAGCCAGCCACAAUGUACUGCCUUCAGUGGUUGCUGCCCGUCCUGCUCAUACCCAAGCCCCUCAACCCAGCAUUGUGGUUUAGUCACUCAAUGUUCAUGGGCUUCUACCUGCUCAGUUUUCUCCUGGAACGGAAACCGUGCACAAUUUGUGCCUUGGUCUUCCUGGCAGCUCUAUUCCUCAUCUGCUACAGCUGCUGGGGGAACUGCUUCUUGUAUCACUGCACAGGAUCCCAGUUGCCGGAAUCAGCUCACGAUCCCAGCAUUGUGGGCACUUAGAAAACGAUCGUCUUCCAGUCUGCUGAGGGCUCUUGUUUUGCUUUUCAAAAGGGGUUAGGGCUAGGGAGGAGGGAGGGGGUGUUAGGCAUGUGACUGGAGUAAAGACAGCCUGUUUCCUGUAACUGUGUAUGGACUGGAGUGGUAAAUUCCUCCCACUCUGCCUGUGAAAUUCAACUUGUUUACUGUGUGAACUCUGGCAGCACCACCUGCUUUUUUAGAAGCAGAUAUCUUUUUUUCCUUUCCUUCCCAUAUCACUGGGAAGGGACACCAGCCCCUCCUGACUGAGCACUGGUGCAGGACCGAGCUGCUGGCCUCUGCCCAGCUGUGUGCAGUGGUGCAGUUGUGUGUCACUCACUUGUCUGCGUUAGGCCAUGGUGGUCUAACUCAGGGCUCUCGACCCCCUGAUUCUGCUCAAGUAGCUACAAGAUUCUCUCCAUCUUUGUGGGGAGCCAGUCUUCCCAUCUUGCUGCUGCAGGGCAAGCUCAACAGCUCACAGAUGCACUUGGCCAAAAGCUGCUGGAGCCAGAGGCAGUUGAGUCACCUCCUCCUGCUCAGCCUGCCAAAGAGAUGCAUGCACUGCCGAGGUGCUUUCUGAACUACUUACGCUCCAAGAUCAUAGCCUGAAAGCCUCAGUUAUGCUGCUGCUUUUAUAAAGCC